AUGGCAGAAGUGCAAGAACAAGUGAUAAUAGUUGGGGCGGGGCCUUCUGGCCUUGCAACUGCUGCUUGUUUAAGCCAAUUCUCAAUCCCAUAUAUGAUUCUUGAGAGAGAAGAUUGUUUUGCUUCACUGUGGAAGAAAUAUUCAUAUGACCGUCUUCAUCUUCACUUGGCCAAACAAUUCAGUGAACUGCCCCAUUUCAAGCUUCCCAGUUCUUGUCCAACCUAUGUUUCAAAAAAAGAUUUCAUACAGUAUUUGGAUGAAUACGUUUCUCAUUUCAAGAUCAAUCCUGCAUAUGGAAAAUCAGUCAAAUCUGCUGUGUACGACGAACCCACAAAGAAAUGGAAGAUUCAGGCCCAAAAUAUCAGUUCGAAUGAAGUCGAAGAAUUUUCUUGCAGAUUUCUAGUUGUGGCUACUGGAGAAACAUGUGAUGCGUUUGUACCUGAUUUUGAAGGUCUGAAUACAUUUGCAGGAGAGAAAAUUCAUUCAACACAGUACAAGAAUGGUGAAAAGUUUAGAGAGAAAAGUGUUUUGGUUGUUGGGAGUGGGAAUUCUGGUAUGGAAAUUGCACUUGAUCUUGCAAACUAUGGUGCCAAGACCUCCGUUGUUGUUCGAAGCCCGAUUCAUAUAUUGUCAAGGGAAAUGGCAUACAUGGGACUGUUUUUGUUGAAUUAUGUUCCCUUCAAAUUUGUUGAUAGCUUAUUGACAUUUCUCAGCAAGUUAAUCUACGGAGACCUGACGAAAUAUGGAAUCAAAAGGCCACAAGAGGGCCCAUUUACUUUGAAAGUUAAGUAUGGAAAGUACCCAGUCAUUGAUGUUGGGACCUAUCAGAAAAUCAAGAUAGGAGUCAUUCAGGUGCUGCCUGGAAUAACAAGCAUAAGAGGCAAUGAUGUGGUGUUUGAAAAUGGGAAAGAACACCCUUUUGAUGCUAUAAUAUUUGCAACUGGCUUCAAAAGAUCCACAAAUCAAUGGCUCAAGGGCGAUGAUUAUCUUUUGAAUGAAGAUGGACUUCCAAAGCCUAGUUUCCCAAACCAUUGGAAGGGUAAAGAUGGACUUUACUGCAGUGGACUUGCCAGGAGAGGACUCUAUGGAGCUGCCUUCGAUGCCCAGAACAUAGCAAAUGACAUCAAAACUCUACUUUGA